UCUUGUUUCAACGCUACAUCAAAUGCGUCUGCGGUGCCAGUCUUUUGUCACCAAACAAACAAACACACCGCCGCGACACGUAGCUUAUUAAAGCUUCAACUAUCAAAUUUAGGAAACUCCCAAAGAAGAAGAUGUCCUGGCAAGCUUACGUCGAUGACCAUCUGAUGUGCGAUAUUGAGGGCAACCACCUCGCUGCUGCUGCCAUCCUCGGCCAGGACGGCAGCGUUUGGGCCCAGAGCGCCAACUUCCCUCAGUUGAAGCCUGAAGAAGUUACUGGCAUCAAUAAUGACUUCAAUGAACCUGGUACACUUGCACCAACUGGACUAUAUCUUGGUGGUACGAAGUAUAUGGUGAUCCAAGGGGAGCCAGGAGCUGUCAUUCGAGGAAAGAAGGGACCUGGUGGUGUUACUGUCAAAAAGACCAGCAUGGCCUUUGUCAUUGGUAUCUAUGAUGAGCCAAUGACUCCUGGACAGUGCAACAUGAUUGUCGAAAGGCUUGGUGAUUAUCUUGUGGAACAAGGUCUUUAGUUGUUUUGAAUGUCUGUUAUUUGUUUCAAUUCUUGUUGGCUUCUCGACAAACUAUGCAUCUUUUGAUCUGCAAAUAUACUAUAGGAGGAUUCAAGGUCAUGUGAACUAUUGUGUGGAAUGAAAUAGUUUGGUACCUGUGAAAUUAAUGGUUAUGAUGGCUGACUUUGAUGUAUUAUUGUGGUUGUCAAGUGAGUUACCUUAUGAACAUUAUAGUGGGAUGUGUUGAUUUGAUUGUCAUAAAAUUUUCAAGUAUUCUUGUUUUCUAUUUCUAUAUAUCUUGGUCCUGGGAAUUUGCAUUUCCA